AUGGUAUUUGCUUGCAGGAUCUUGACAUGGGAGGAUGCAUACUAUAACAAUUCUGAUGAUUAUGACUCUUCAGAAAAUAAGCACUGCCAAAAGAUAUUGGAACAGAUUGGUUGUGGGAAAUUUUCACACAGCGCAUUAGGCUUAGCAGUGGCUAAGAUGUCAUAUCAUGCAUAUUCAUUGGGAGAAGGUAUUGUUGGACAGGUAGCUGUUACGGGAAAACAUAGGUGGAUCUGUGCAGAUAAUCAAGUUGCAGGUUCUGGCUUGUCUUUUGAGUUUGCUGAUGGGUGGCAGUCUCAGUUUUCUGCUGGAAUCAGGACUAUUGCUGUUGUUUCCAUAGCCCCACUUGGUGUUGUUCAGCUUGGCUCGCUUAAUAAAGUGAUUGAAGAUAUGGGGUUUGUAACUCAUGUCAGAAAUCUUUUUUUGUCUACUCAAAAUUACUCAAUAGGCCAAUGUCCUAGUCCAAUACAGGGUAGUUUGAAGAGUUCUUUAUCUCAGCUGGAUAUAUUGAAGGAAAAUUUGUCUUCAGAUGUUAUGCCUAGUGGCUUUUACGAUACACAGAAAUCUAUGAAGAGUGAAACAGCGGAUGUUUUAAUGCCUCUUCAAUGUUCUGGGAGGAACUAUGCACCUCAUUCAGCUUGUGGGAAUAUGUCUGAUAAUGUGGCCAAGCAAGAGGGGCCUGAAUUGUACAGUGAUGAAAGUUCCAAUUUGCUACAGUCAAUAUCCAAUAUGAUGAAUGUGGAGCAUCAUAAAUUUGAAGAGAUGAAACCUCUCUAUGGGAGGAAGUGUGAAGAAGGAAGUAGUGGCUGCAAAGAUUUGAGGUUGGAAUCAGAAAACAAUAUGUCGGCAUUUUUAAGUGACUUUGUUACAGAUAAUAAUUUAAUAUGUCCAUCAGAAAAAGUCAUUGUUGAUUCUGCAUGCUUUCCUUCAGCUUUUCUUGAUACAGUUGUUUGUGAAAGUGAUAAGUUGCAUUUAGUGGAUAUUAACCAAAAAGGGGUGUUAAAUUUCACCCAACCUUCCGAUGCAAACUCACAACAACAUGCUGAAAAGUCAAAGUUUCAUACUGAGCCUUCUUACAAGGAUAUGUCACAUGUGUUGAAUUUCCCUGCUGGCUGUGAGCUACAUGAAGCGCUUGGACCAUCUUUUCUGAAAGGGAGUAAAUGCUUUGAUUGGCCAGCACAGGUUAAUCAAGAUAUGAAAACUGUUGAAAUGUCAGAUGAGAUUAGCACUAGCCAACUGACUUCUGAAUCUCGUCCAGAACAUCUUUUGGAAGCAAUGGUGGCCAACAUUUGCCAUAGUAAUAACAAUGAUGUUAAUAGUGAAUUAUCAUUUUGUACAUCAAUGCAAUCUGCAUUGGCCUCUGGAAAAAAUCAUGAAGCUUCUAUUCACAAUGCGCAUGCUAUUAAUUCAGAAGGCUAUUCAAUAGAUCAGCUCUCUCUUGUCAAAGAGGACAAACACCAUUCUUUGAGUUCAUCAUCAGGGAUAUGUGGUGUGAUGUCCUCAAAAGGUGUUUCAUCUGCAUUCCCUAGUUCAAGUAGUGGACAACUUGAAAGGUCGUCUGAACCAUCUAAGAACAGCAAAAAGAGGGCCAGGCCCGGGGAAAGUUGUAGGCCUCGGCCAAGGGACAGGCAAUUAAUCCAAGAUCGAAUUAAGGAAUUGAGGGAGCUGGUGCCAAAUGGAGCAAAGUGCAGUAUUGAUUCACUACUGGAGCGUGCAAUAAAGCACAUGCUCUUUCUCCAAAGCAUAACUAAACAUGCUGACAAGCUAACUGACUUUGGUGAUACAAAGUCAAAGCUGCAUCACAUGGAAGCAGACAUUAUUGGAUCCUCUAGUUAUGAGCAGGGCUCAAGCUGGGCAAUGGAGGUAGGGGGUCACCUGAAAGUUCAUUCAAUAUUAGUGGAGAAUCUUAGCAAGAAUGGACAGAUGCUUGUUGAGAUGCUCUGUGAGGAGUGCAGCCAUUUUCUUGAAAUAGCAGAAUCCAUAAGAAGUUUGGGUCUUACCAUUUUGAAGGGUGGAACUAAAGUUCAUGGUGAAAAGAUAUGGAUAUGCUUUGUUGUCGAGGGUCAAAACAACAGACAUGUACACAGAUUGGAUAUCUUGUGGCCGCUUGUUCAAAUACUGCAAUCCAAGAGCACGGUGUAUUCACAAUAA